AAAACGUCCUAGCGUGACCUACUACACGUGGAGCUUUCUGAGUGUGUGAUAGUGUGUCAGUGUGUUGUGAAAGUGUGUGCGUGGAGGUGUGUGAUUCAAUAAUAGCGUGGAUGCACAGCCUGGAACCGCCUGAGUCUUUCUUCUUCUUAUUUUCCUCCUUCUGAUCGUAUUUGCAGUCUAGAUCUACACCAAAUGACUGAUCCAAACUAGAUGAUACAAGUAGGCUUGGGAUAAGAAAAUGGUCAAAAACGACAGUAGCGGCUUGAGGCAAAGGCAGAUACAGUCCGUGGGGCAAAAGUCUGGCUCCACAACGGAGAGAGAGACGAAAGAGAAGUCCAGAAAACCCAAAGAUGGUUCUCAACCCUUUCAUUAUGACCUUUGGCUAAUCCUUGCAUUGGAUAACUGGAUAUUUGACUUUGGGCGCCCUAUAGCUGCGAUGUUCGUGCCCUUGACAUGGACGCCCCUGGAUAUGCCCAGCAUUGGGGACUAUUUCCACAUGGCCUACAACGUCAUCACGCCCUUCUGCCUACUUAAGCUGUUAGAAAGAAGCACCCACCGCUUGUCCUCCAACGUGACCUACCUCAGCAUCAUCGUCUUCGUCAUGGGUGCCAGCAUCCACUUGGUGGGAGACUCGGUGAACCAUAGGCUCAUCCACUUGGGCUACAAGAAUCACCUGAGCGUGGCGGAGAACCCAAUCAUGAAGGAGCUUCGCCCCAAGGAACUACUGAAGUCUUUCGAACUGUUGUACAGAUAUGACGAAGAAAUAGGACACUUGAUGUGGUACAUCCCAUUCUUCCUGUGUCUCUUGUUGUACUAUGUGGGCUGUUUCACGAAAUCAUCCACUUUAAGUACACGUGUGGGCUUCGUCUGGUCCUCAUUAGUGCUAGUCAGCGGUACCUACUACUGGUAUCUAGCUACAGAGGGACAAAUCUUUCCGCUGUUCUUUAUAACGUACCUGGUCAUGGUGGCUGUCAGUGUCCUUAACUCAUUUCGAGGUUUGUCCUGCGACUUGAACGGUCGCUUUCUUAUCUGGACUUUCACCUUGACCACUGUCCUGACAGGGGUGUGGUCCUUCUGGCUUUGGGAUGACCAGACCUUGAGAAAGAAAUAUCCAGGGCUCAUCUACAUCCCUGAACCCUGGGCGUACUACACGCUCUACCUGGCACAGUGAGAAGGUCUUUACAAAGGUUGCUAUCUUAUGUUAUUCACUUGAAAUAAAUAGAUCUACUAGACGAA